GCUAACACGUUGAUACCAGGUCUAUUGUAGAAUCACAAGAUGAAGAAGAAAAGAGGGAAACGUGCAAAGGUGCACGCGGGGUCUGGGGUUUUGACCCAGAGCCUGUGCGCCGGCCUAGAGCCUAUGCGCCGGCCCGGCAACGGGUCGGUCACAUAUCUGGCUACACGGCUGCACCCCAUGCCAAGGCCUGAAGGCCCUUAG